AUGAUUGUGCUGAUUAGCGUUGACUCCCAACUCCACAGCUCCAUGUACUUUUUCCUCAGCAACUUGUCCCUCUUAGAUGUUGUCUCCUCCUCUGUGAUUGCCCCCAAGCUUUGCCUCCUGGCUGUGACGGCCUACGAUCGCUUUGUGGCCAUCUGCCACCCAUUGCUUUAUUAUGUCAUCCUGUCCAAGAAAGUCUGCUUCCAGGUGGUGGCUGGCUCUUCCCUAAGCACCUGUGUCAAUGUAUUCAGUCUGUCCUUUGGCCACUCCAAUGUCCUCGAUCAUUUCUUCUGCAAUAUUCGCCCACUCCAAGAAAUCUCCUGCUCUGACUUUCGUAUCAAUAAGCGAGUGCAUUUCAUCUUUGCAGCCAUAGAAACAAUAGGCACCAUUUUCACCAUCCUCAUCUCCUACACUUACAUCAUCUUUGCUAUCCUGAGGAUCCGCUCCACGGCAGGAAGGCACAAAGCCUUCUCCACCUGCACCUCCCACCUGACUGUCGUUUCCUUCUUAUAUGGGACCCUGAUCUUUACAUAUUUACGACCCUCAUCUGGCAGCUCAGUGGACUGGGAGAAAAUGGUGGCCGUGUCCGAUACCCUUGUGAUCCCCCUGCUGAACCCCCUGAUCUACAGCCUGAGGAACAAGGAGGUGAAGGACACCCUGAGGAGGACAAUACACCAGAAAAUUAUUCCUCGCUGUAUGUAA